AUGCCUCGGAAUAGAUUUUCGUGGUUGCUAGGCCAUAUUCAUGCAAAUGAUAACACCCAGCAAUCAAAAAAGAGAGAAAAAGGCUUCGAUAAAUUGUUCAAGAUACGCCCACUAUUGGACUAUCUUAGCAAGAGGUACGCAGAAAGUUAUAGGCCAACAGAAGACCUUGCUGUGGACGAAUCAAUGAGUCGUUUCAAAGGUAGACCCAGCCUCAAGCAGUAUAUGCCACAAAAACCCAUGAAACGUGGGUACAAAGUUUGGGUACUGGCAAAUGAAACUGGUUACGUUUCAAAAUUUCAGCUUUAUACUGUGAAAAUUGGUCAGGAGGUAGAAAAGUGUCUAGGUGCCAGAGUUGCAAAACACCUUAAUUCAGAAUUAGCAGGAAAGCAUCAUCACAAGCUGUACUUUGAUAAUUAUUUUACUUCUGUACCCCUGAUGCUCGAUCUAAAGCAACAAGGAAUAUAUGCCUGUGGGACAGUGAGGAAAGGCAGAGUUGGGUUCCCAAAAUGA